AUGUCUUCUAAACCGACACAGGCAUUCAGCCUAAAGACGCGUCAGGCCGUUGAUGAGGACGCGUUGCUCACCGAGGAGGACCGCGUUGUGAAGGAGGCCACGAAAGGGGAGGACUGCACGACACGGCGACGCGCCUGCAAGAACUGCACAUGCGGGCGGGCGGAAUUGGAGAGGAAAAUGCUGGCUGAGGGAAAAAAGGUGGAGAUGCCGCAGAUGCCGGCGGGUGGUUGUGGGAACUGCGCCAAGGGAGAUGCAUUCCGCUGUGCCACGUGCCCUUUUCUUGGCCAGCCGGCGUUUGACAACACGAGCGACGGAAAAGUGAAACUAAACCUGACGGACGACAUUUGA